CUCACUCCCUCCUACCAAUCAGUCCUUCUUGCCAGAGAGCCUACCCACAAUGGCUCGGACCAAGACGCAGCAGAGCCCAGCCUCGGCUUCAAAGGCUUCCACAUCGAAGCUACCAGCUGCAGCACCGCAGCAGCCGCGGACCAUUGCCGGCUUCCACAUCCUCCCGCUUUCCAUUCCCACCUCCUCUGUCGCCUCCUCCUCUUCGUCUUCCUCUUCCUCACCCACACAGCAUUACCUAUACCUCCGUCCACAUGAAGUGACGUCUUCCAAGGACACUCUUCCCAAAGGCCGGACUCUGUUCCUUGUGAAUCUGCCUGUAGAUACAACAGAGGGUCAUCUGCGUUCCCUGUUCGAAAAGGCAGGUCGGGUGGAGGAGGUCCGCUUCAGGAGAAGGAGAGGCGGGAGCAGUACGCGGGAGCAAGAGCUGGACGCCCUGACGGCAGGAGAAGGAAGUGAAGACGAUGACAAUGAAGAAGGCGCAGACGGCAUGGCAUUGGACGGGGCUGCCGCCGCGUCAAAGACUGCUAUGACGGCGGCGGAAGAGAAGAAGGCCAAGUACAAGAACACGAAAAAGCCUACUGGUCCUCAAGCGCCUGCUCUGCACUCCCUUCCCCUCCUCGACCCACGUAAGGAUGCUGUCUUUCUCGAGACGGGCUCUAGCGCUCAUGUCGUCUUCCUCGAAGAGACGAGUGUCAAGCGCGCUCUGGCCCUCUCGGCAGAAGGAAAGCCUCGCAAGUGGGUGGAUCCACAGGUACAGCUGCUGCGCUCGGCGCAGAAGGAGGCUCAAGGGAAUGAUGAUGAGGGCGGUGAAGAGGACGGCUAUGGAGCACGCAGAAAGUCUCGUCCUUCCACUGCGCGAGAAGCAAAGUUGGCAUCUGUAGUGCAAAAGCCGCCCGCACCUACAGGCCUGGCCUACUUCCUCCAGUCGUACGACUCCCACCAUCCAUCCCUGGCAGAGGUGAAGCGACAUGCAGACUCCGUCGUGAAGCGGUACACCUUCUUCCGCUCCCAUCCUCAGCUGGAUCCAGAGCGUCAAUCUUCCAGUGGCGGGCUAGGAGCUAGAGUGGGCGAAGGAGGUAUCAAGAUUGCCAGCUAUGGACCAGGUGGAGAGCCAUUGGAUGAAGACGGCUUCACCAUUGUUCUCCCCGGCGGAAAGUACGGAAAAUCCCUUGGAGCGCCUGGUACAGCAGGCGAAGGUGGUGUGGAUCAACCCUCUUCUUCUUCAGUCCGUUUCGCCCGUCAGUCCCAAAUGGACAUGGCCGCUCUGGCACUAAAAGCUCGUAAGCAGGAGCAAGCUUCAGAAGGACUCGAGGACUUCUAUCGCUUCCAAAAUCGUGAGAGACGUAAAGAGAAAUUGGCAGAGAUGAGGAGACAAUUUGAAGAGGAUAGGGAAAAGGUAGAGGAAAUGAAGAAGAAGGGUGGCGCGGGAUCAAGAAGGUUCAAGCCUUACUAGAGCCUAGAGUGUCGUGCGCAGCUUAGAGAGGGAAAUGCUAUCAUCAUCGCAUAGUCAGAACUGCCGAGAAGAGGGUAUAUGAUUUGUGUCGACACGGACAACACAGCGUCAAUGGGAAGUGAGAGCUGGUGUCGCAAGAAGGACUGGACCCGGUCAUCGCCUUCCCGCUCCCAGUGGGCUCUGGUCAUGACAAUCCUGGCCCCUGAGUGUCCCCAUUUGCAUCGUGAAUCUCCGCUGCUACUGUAUCUCGUCUGUCCUCUUCCUCUCCCUCUCGAUCCUCCUCAUCAUCGAUGUCAUCUUCGCUCUCCUCUUCUUCCUCAGUGGCCACGCCUCUCCUCCUACGUCUCCUACUCCUCAUCCGACUCCUCCCCGCCGCU